CUCAAUGUGUGUGUGACAGGCAGACCGUCAAGACCGUUGCAGUGUGGCUCAGAGCUUAUGUGUGUGAACCCAGGAUUUACUGAAUGUGUGUGUGUGUGGGGGGUGCAGAUACCCUCAGUAUCACUCGCGCAGACGGAGCAAUCCUGUGUGUCUCAGGGAGAAUGUAAAGUGAAUUGAAGGAUUAGAAGAGUGUGUUAUGUGUGUGUGUGUGGCACUGGUCUGGAAUACUAAGUGGAUAUGUAAUCAAAUCUGGAUCGAGCUGCAAUGCCUACGGAAGAUUAUCCAUUCUCCGCUGAUGUUUUACCGCCACUCCCGGAGGUCCCUGUCGGAGGGCCGGUCCUGAGCCAGGCGCGAGGUCCCAUCAGAAACUCCGCCCCGAGACAUUGCUCCUCCCGCAGCAUGGACUCCACGCACUGCAACGACCGGCCGGUGAGCUACGGCUCCACGUCUUCGUCCGCCUCCUCCCGGGACAGUCACUGCUCGCUGGGGGGGCGGCCCGUAUUAGGCUCCACCCCUGAGCGGGAUCACGAUUCUGGAGCCAUCCGAUUGGAGCUGGUGCCUGCCCGACAGCUGGAGGAGGAGGAGUCGGGAAGACGGACACCUACAACCACCAAUCAGGGGGACGCAGAGAUUCAGUCACCAGAAGGACGUAAAGUCCAGUAUGUGGACCGAGUGGUGGAGGAAAUCCUUGAAACGGAAAAAACCUACGUCCAGGACCUUCGCAGUAUAGUCCAGGAUUACCUGGACUGCAUCAGCAACCAGUCUCUUCUGCUGCUGGGAGAUGAAGAGAGGAACUCUUUAUUUGGAAAUAUCCGGGACAUCUACCGUUUUAACAGUGAUCUGCUUCAUGACCUGGAGAAGUGUAACGCCAACCCAGUUGCCAUUGCAAAGUGUUUCGUAGCCAAGAGUGAAGACUUCCACAUAUACACACAGUACUGCACAAAUUAUCCAAGGUCCGUUGCUGUCUUAACAGAGUGCAUGCGGAACAAAACGGUGGCAAAGUUUCUGCGAGAGCGCCAGGAGAGUCUUAAACACUCCCUUCCUCUCGGCUCCUACCUGCUUAAACCUGUCCAGAGGAUCCUAAAGUACCAUCUACUACUGCAUGAGAUCGCCACUCAUCUGGAGAAGGAUUCAGAGAUGUAUGACGUUAUCCAGGAGGCAAUCGACACCAUGCAGAGGGUGGCCUGGCACAUCAAUGACAUGAAGAGAAAACACGAGCAUGCAGUGAGGCUGCAGGAGAUUCAGAGUUUGUUGACUAACUGGAAGGGACCUGAUCUGAUUAGCUAUGGCGAGCUGGUUCUCGAGGGAACAUUCCGCAUCCAGAGAGCGAAGAAUGAGAGAACACUCUUCCUGUUCGACAAACUUUUGCUGAUCACCAAGAAACGCGAGGAGACUUACACCUACAAGGCCCACAUCCUGUGCUGUAACCUAAUGUUGGUAGAAGUCAUUCCUAAAGAGCCGCUAAGCUUCAGUGUGUUCCACUACAAGAACCCCAAACUUCAACACACUGUGCAGGCAAAGUCUCAACAGGACAAGAGAACGUGGGUCCUGCAUCUAAAACGACUGAUCCUUGAAAACCAUCCUGCCAAAAUACCGGCCAAGGCUAAGCAGGCCAUUCUGGAUAUGGAUACCGCAAACCACCCAAGUUUCAACUACAACUCUGACGACAAGAGAGUGAACACUAAAGAGGGUCCCUCGCCCCGGAGAGUACGCAGGAAGACAGAGCCCUUAUCUAAGUUAUUGAAAAACUCCAAACAUAUAAUAUCCAGUCCAGAUAUACAGAAGCAGAGUUCUAGUUUUGGAGUCAGUCUGCUGUCCCCUGUGGCCACUUUGGGUUCUAUCGGCCGAUCCCGCAGCCUUGUCAGCGAAUCACAAGAAUCUCUGGACCCUGGUGACCACAGUGAUGUAGAUGAAGAGCCACAUCUACAGGAUGCUGAUGAUGAGGAUGAUACUGGUUUGAGCUCUGGGGGAAAGUUGAGAGUGCCAGGGAAGGGUAGCCGGAAACGACUAAACCAGCAAGUGUCGGUGGACAGCAUUGACCAGUGGAGAAACAGCAACCUUACUCAUACAGACCUCCAGACUGCUAAAGAGUCCCUGCAAAAUAAGGUUAUCACCCCCCCAAUCCUACGGGUGACCGCACCUCCUGAAUCAGACGGAAAUGAAUACAACACACGCAACAUGCUGGCAACUGGAGAGCAGCCUUCUUUCCGCAACAUAUGGACAGAUCACCGAGUCCGGAGGGCUAUGUUUCCAACUCGUCAAAAGAGUUUUCAAAUUGACGAUGAUGAAGACAUCUAUCAGAUGUUCCUGCCAACGGAGAAUGAGACAAGCAGUCAUGAUGUUGAGAGUGACCAUGAGGCUGCUGACCAUCCAGAAAGACCCUGUAGCUGGCAUGUUGAACAGACUAAAGCAUCAUGCCUAGACCUUCCUACAAGCAGGAGCAGAACAACACUUCGCAGGGCCAACAGUGUUGGAGAAAACCAAAGUGAGCAAUUAAGUCCUAGCAAGCGAGCCCUACAAGAGGAAGAGGCCAACAACCAGACUGAGUCUUCAAGCAAUGAAAUCUCAGGGUCAUCAUCUGCCGAGCAGUUAACCGUUGAUGAUAUCGAGAAUGUUUACGACAACAUUAGUUACGAGGAGCUUCAAGCCAUGGGGCUUAUCCGUAAGGAUCAAGCUGUCCAUGCACUCUCUGAGGUAGCAGAGGUCAAAUCUAGGAUAGCUCCCCAAGUUAUCAUAACUCCAACUGAAACUGAGAGUUCAUGUGAGAGCAAUAGGUCUUCUGGUCAAGAAGGGGAGCCAUUUGAGACAUGUGAGCUGCAAAUUGUUGAGGAUGAAGAGAAUGUUUACGACACCAUUGUCUUUCAGGAGCCACCAGUCCUUGCAGCUGAGAUGGAUGAUGGAAAGCCAGACAGUUUGCAGACAUCUGAGGUAGAUCUCAUGACUAGCCAGAUUUUAACAGGGUUUGUAUCUGAGGAAAGAAUCUGCCCUACCAACACAACAGAGGCAGAUCAGCCCCACAUUCCCUCUGCUGCAAUUUCAGACACUGAAACAUCUCAGCUUUCUCCACAGCUGGAGAAAGUGGAUGAGAUCUGGACGGAUUUGGAAAACUACAUCCGGAACAAUGAAAAGAAACCAGACAGACUUCCAGCUGCAUUUCCUGUAAGCAGAACAGACAACACAUGUAAAACACAGGACUCGCCCAAAAAAGCACGUAAUUCCUCACACAAAGGGAAAGACUCUCCAAGAAAAACGCACAACUCCCCAAGUAAAGUGACCAAGUUGCAACAGAGAAGUAACGAUCCCCGAUGCAAAGCACACGAAUCUCCAAAUAAAAAAGCUAAUUCUGCUCAAAAGUCAAGUGAUUCUUCAAGUAAAUUACCUUUAAAAACAAUCCCGGUUGUUUGUGCUCCACCUGGAUCACCCAACCCACCAGCUUCUAACCCCCCUCCAGGUCUAGCUAUGUCUAUACCUAUCCUCAACACUCCAGACCUCCUCCCAGAAACUGUGUUGGGUGAAAAUGAUGGAGCAUUAUCCUCUCCUGUAGCCCCUUCCCCUACCCCUGAGCCUCAACCUGGCACAGUGAAGAGCAUCCGCAAUAAACUUGCAAGAUUAAGCAGCGGAAGCUUCCGGAUAGACGAUGAGGACAUCCCUUCAUCGAAGGACUCAGGACUUCAUGCCAUGUUUAGUAGCAUGGACUCUGGCUCCUCUAGUCUGCUGCUGGGUGGGGAAGCUGGGGACCAGGUUCUUGAGCUUGGGGAUAGGGGCAAAAACAGAGUUUUCCUCAUGGCUAGACAGUACAGUCAGAAGAUCAAAAAGGCCAACCAGUUACUGAAGAUGAAGAGCAUGGACCAUGAACCCAGUUGCGCUAAGUUGAGGCUAAGCAAACAGAAGGACCUGGCAGCUAUACUGGAGGAGAAGAAACAAGGUGGCACAGCAAUAGGUGCAAGAAUAGCCGAGUACUCUCAUUUGUAUGAACAUGUGGUAUUCAAGGGUUCCCCAGCCACUACUCCAGUACUGAAGUCAUCGAUCAGUAUUGCCGGCCAUCAUCCACUUUUCCCCAGCACCACUUCCUCUCCUUCCUUAUCUACGCGCUCUACACAAGACUCUGACUGGCUGAACUGUACGUACAGCAAUGGGGAGCUUGCUGAUUUUGUGUCCUGGCCAGCACAAACAACAGUAUGCACUUCAACCCCACAGAGAGGAAUGACCCCUGCAAUUUCUACCCCUGCUUUGAAGAACCUCCCGCCUACUCCUAGUACUCCACCCAAUCAGCGUUGGAGUGCUUGUGUGACACCAAGUAAAGAUGACUCCGAUCACAUUUACACUUCAAUUGGACCACGAAACGCUAAGGUGUCGUCCUAUAAUCGCUGCCAGUCCUCAUCUUCAUUGAUAGACCAGACUGGAAACGAAAAUGGCGGGGGGCUAUGCAAUCAGGUGUGGGAAGCGAACGGAAAAGAAUCAAGGACGCAGAUGCCUCGACAGCACAGCCUCCCAGAAUGCCCAGUCCUGGAGACGUCAGACCUCUCAGUGUCGUGUGAUAUCACACUGCGGGACUCGCAGCAAAUACUUGUGCUGAACAGAAAGGUGCCACUGAACGCGCAAAGUGCCACGGAGAAUUAUCUGGCCAACUUUAAAGACACUGGAGAUGACGAUGACGAUUAUGUAGAGAUCCGUUCAGAAGACGAGGAUGAAGAACAGAAGCAAAAAAUUGCUCAAGGCACCCCCGUAAAUGAACCGGAGGUUCCCACCAACCCUGACACGGCUCUGCAGGGAUACUUGUGGGAUGAUCCAGAUUGCAGCCAGCAAGGUGUAAAUCAGCCAACUAUUGUCCAGUCACUGAGGGAAAAGAUCCAGUGUCUCAGCUCAAGCAGUUUUGCUUAGGGAGCAGUAAUGAUGGACUUAGCACAUACAAGGAGGAAAUGACACACAACUUAAAGACACAACACAAAGCACAUGAUAUACAACAUAUUAGCUGUAAUCCAUUGUACUUUACAGAGCUCGGUGAACUCAACAACACCAUUCAAUUUGAAAACUUUGGAUUCAAGCAUUAGUUCGCUCAUCUCUACACUUGAACACACUAAGAUACAGAUCUAAGCAGUAACACUGUACACAGCUUUCUUUUCCUUAAUAUUAAGACCCAAUAAUUAUGUCACAUGACUAAGAUUUGUGAUCUGACCUAUACCAUGACCUAAGUUUUAAAGGGAACUGUAAUUCAGAAAAGAACGAAAAUGAAAGAAGAACACUGGCUACAUGGACUUAGACACAACUUAUUUCUCUCUUAAAAUGUUACAAUAUUCUCAAACUUCUGCUUAUAAUAUUCAAGUACAUGUAUAUAAAUGUUGCUAUACAAGCUUUAAGAUAAGCCACAUAAGGCGCACAUGCCUGGUGAUGUUAAUUACAUUAUCUGCCAUAAUUUCUGUGUAAACAUGCUGACAGUUCCUUAAGCCAAUAAUUAAAUAUUUCCUUUUAAUUGUGUAGACGUUAUUUGGUUGUGUAGGUGGCUGCAUCUACAGGAAACUAUGCUAACAUCAGCCAAUGACCAUUCAGUGCGUAAUUUGUAAUAUUUGCAUGCCACAUUUUCUCCAGGUCAAGAAUACAUAGACUCCAUAUAUAUUUUAAUAUGCUGUACAUUAGAGAUAGAUAUAAAUUUAUCAGACUGGAAGGUCAUAAGUAUAUUUAAAAGUUGAUCAAGUUUUGCUAAAAUUGUGAGACUGUCUUUAGAUAUAAUUUAAUUUAGCAUCAUGUCAGGACCACAACUAAGAUGUAAUCGGCAAAAAAACACAGGACAAUAAAAUGUAUAGUUUGUUAAUUUUAGGUUAAUCUGUUCAGGGGACCAUAUUGGAGAAUGAGGAGUUUGAGGUGUCAGAAACGUACUGUAAUUUGAUGUAAAUUUGAGUUCAAUACUUGUGUUGUCUGAUCAUUUAAUUGUGUUUAGUGUUUAAAAUAUUCAGCAUUGGCUGUCCCCACCCUGUCUUCACACUCAAAACAUUUAGAUAUUUUUAUUAUUAAUUUUCACAGCACAUUUCAGUUUAUUUUUCUUAUUUAUUUAUCCCCCCGUCUCCGUUGUCGACUGGUUGCUCAGCUGGUUUGGUUUUUGAAAAAAGUGUAUAAGAUGUUAGCUCUGUUGUUGUAUGAGUAUUGUUCAAAGAUGUUUCCUUACAAAAUGUUACAUUGAAAUAAGAAACCUAGAACCAGGAGUAAAUGGUGAAAAUGAAAGUACCAGUGUAAAUAAACUGAAUUGAAUAUAGAUGGAAGCUUUGAAUGAAGUAUGUUUAUAUAGUUUUUUUUUUUCUAUUUUAUUUAGUUGUACAUUUCAUUUUCUGUUUCACUGGUGGGGACUGUUAUUCAUUGGAAUUGUUACUUUUGCACUUUUCCUCCUUUUAAACAUUCUGUUUGUAAAGAUGUACAUAUUUAUGAAUGUUGCCAUUUGCCUAUUUUCAUGAUCUUAAUUUAAUUUUUUGACAUUUGUUUUGUUUUUUAACUGCCUUGUAGUAACUGGUCGAAGAUGUAUUGUUGGCAACAAAUAAACCUUCAAUUAAAACAAAA